AUGGAUUUAACAUUGACAGAAAAAGAAGAAUUCAUGCAAGAACAUCUAGUUGUUUGGUUACAAUCUUGUUUAGAUCAACCAGAAAAAUUAAGUGUUUAUGAAGAUCUGAUUGAUGGCACAUUGAUAUAUGAAGUAUUACUUCUGAUUGAUCCUGAACCCUUAUACCAUACUAUUAUAUCUGGACAAAAUGAUCCAUCAAUCAGAAUUCAAAAUAUUAAUUGUAUUAUAAAAAAUAUUAAAAUGUUAUAUGAAGAAGAAUUUGGACAGGUUAUAUUAACAAUACCUGAUUGUUUACGUUUAGGGCGCGACCCUUAUUCAAAAAAUAGCUUUGAAGAUAUGAAACUUUUAUUGUUAUUAUUACUUGGUUGUGCAGUCCAAUGUCCUAAUAAAGAAUCAUUUAUUGAGCGUAUAAAAACAUUACCUAUUGAAUCUCAACAUGCACUUGUCUUUUAUAUAAAACAAAUUACAGAAAGUCAACAAAUUGUGAUUACCCAAGAAAAUGCAGAACAGUUGACAACUGAUCUUAUGAUAUCUCAUAUUAGACAAUUGGUUAAAGAGCGUGAUCAAUACCUUCAAAUGUGGACAGAAUUAGAAGAAAAACGUUUUUCAAAUUCUAAACCUAUCGAUACUGGAUUAACCACAUCCAUCACUUCUAGUGGUGAUAAUCAGAAUUAUGCUCUUGAACUUGCUGACUGGAAAGCAAAACUAAGAAAACUUAGACAUGAAUUAGAAGAAAAAACUGAAUUAUUAGCUGAAGCUAGAGAAGAACUUGAACAAACUAAUCUCACUGUAGUUAAAUUAAAAGAAGAACUUCAGCAAAUUAAAGUUGAUGCUAGAUCAGCUAAAGCAUAUAGAGAUGAAGUUGAUGCCCUACGUGAAAAAGCAUCCAAUUGUGAACACCUUGAAAUAGAAAUAAAAAAAUAUAAAGAAAAACUAGGAGAUUUGGAUUAUUAUAAAUCAAGAGAAGAAGAGCUUACCCAAAAUAAUUUGCUUCUCCAAGAGACAAGAGAAACUCUUGAAGAACAACUUCUUAAGUUUAGAAGACGAACUUCUCAAUUACAAGAAAUGGAAUCACAAUUAUUACACUUUAAACAAACAAUUAAUACAAUGACAUUGGAACGAGAUGCACACCUGAGAAAAAUCGAUGAGCUGAUACAUGAAAAUGCUCAACUUGAUCUUCUUAAUAAAUCGUUUCAAUGUAAUGAAAGUUAUAAUAAAGAAAAUGAGAAUGAAUGCUUUUUCGAUCACAUUGGUUCUAAAGAUAAUAGUUUGUGUGAACAACUAAGUACUAGUGCUCAGUCACAUGCACUUCGACUGGAAUUAGAAAAUAAAAAACUAACAUCAACCAUAGAAUGUUUACAAGAAAAUAUUAGACAACAAAAUAAUGAAAUAAUAUUACAGUUAGAAAAGGACAAAAAGUUACUUUCAUUGCAGCUUGAAGAAACAGAAAAUAAUAGAAAUCGCUUACAACUGAAUUGUACUUCAGUAGAAAAUGAACUUUCUAUUAUAAAACAAGAAUAUAAAAAAUUAGUUGAAACUAAUGAAUUAUUAAAAAUAAAAUUAGACAUUAAAAUCGAAGAAUUUGAAAGUGUUAAAAGAGAAAAUAAAAGAUUGGAAAAAGAACUUAAAGAUAACAGUUCACUUCAUAGCAAUGAAAAAUCUGAUCUUGUUCAAGGUUUGGAAUUGAAAAAUAGUAAUUUAGAAAAAGACAUAACACGAUUAAAAGGAACAUUAGAUCAUAAAUUAGAAGAAAUUGAUAAUUUAACAAGUGAAAUUGAUUUGUUAAAAAAAGAAAAAGAUAUUUUAAGUAAAACUUUAGAAGAACAUGACAAACAAAUAUGUCGUUUACGAUCUAUUGAAAAUGAAUUUCAUGACUUAAAAAGUAAAUAUACUAUUGAAGUAGCAACAACUAAAGCUAUUCAAGAUGAUUUAGUAUCAGAAAAACGUAAAUCACAGAAAAUAAUGAAAAAUUUAGAUAAAUUAGGAUUAGCAUUGGACCAAUCAGCGGAACCAGAAAAUGUAUUAGACCAAAUUGUUUCAAGUCCUGAAGUUGUUAAAGCUGUAAGAAAGAAAAUUACCAAGGAUACAAACAUGUGUCAUGAGAUAAAAACUGUUAAUGUUGCACAAAUGGAAGUUGACAUAACUACUUUAAAAUCUAAAGUACACUCCCUUAAUAGUCAACAUACUGCAUUGCAACUAGCAAACACUCAGUUAGCUGCAGAAAAAGAAGAAACACAAAAAGAAUUGGAUUCAACAAACUCAGCUUUUUCUAAGUUGCAAACAUUACAUAAUCAAUUAACAAUUGAAUAUGAAGAUCAGCUUAAACAAAAAGAUACUUUAAAAAAUGAUCUUAAAGAAGCCAGAUUUUCUUUAAAAGAAAAGUUAUCACAGUUAAAAAGUGUCGAAUUUAAGCUUAAACGAGAAAACGAACAAUUGAAGGCAGAAUUAUUAGCGAUUAAACAUUUACCUGCUGAACAUGCUAAGCUAAAAGAUGAUUUCAGAGCAUUAUUUACGGCAAAUGAAAAACUUAAAGUUGAUCUUAAAAUUGGAUUAGACGCUAAGGAGUUAAUUGAAGCUCAUGAAAAAGAGAUGGAAUCUCUUAAAUCUAAAUUAACUGAUUCAAAUGCUCGUUAUAUGGUAUUGCAACAAAUGACUAGUACAUUUGUUGAAGAUAGAAAAUCAUUAAUGGAACAUGUCACAAUGUUAAUUACACAAUACCAUGAGCUUUUAACGCAAUCAUUAGAAGAUAAAGAGCAAUACCAUUUAGAAGAAAAAAAUAAUGCUGAUAAAUUGAAUCAUUUGUCUCGUCAGAAAGAAAAACUUGAGGAAAAAAUAAUGGACCAUUAUAGAAAGCUGAAUAGCUGCAGUAUUACAAAGAAAAAAUUAUUUGGUUCUACUUGGAUAAAAAAAGUUAAAAAAGCUGGUACUGAAUUGAUGAAUAAGAGUCGAAUGUCUUGGCAUGAAGAUAUGGCAAGAAGAGGAAUUGAUUCAGAUACUAGUUUAGAUUUGGAUGAUAAUCAAUUAAAUCAUCAAGAAUAUUCUGAUAAUCUAAGCAGUUUAGGAACACCAGGAACUCGUCAAACUCUUUAUCUUUCAGGAGAAGAAAAUGAUGCGGAUGAAGGAUCUAUUAUUGCUAGCCAUUCAUUAUCCAAUUCACCACUUACUUCAUCUUAUCGAAAUGAACAGAGGUUGUCCCACACUACAGAUAAUGAAGUUAAAGAUAGAAACAAUUCAACAUUGCAGUCCAAUAAAACUCUUUUAACAAAAGAAGAUACUAAUUGGUAUGAGUAUGGGUGUGUUUAAUAAAUAUCUUAUUUAUAUUUUCUUGACUGUUGAAAGUUUUUUAAUGUGGAAUUUUUUAACUUUUUAUUCCUGUUUUUUUUUUUUUUACUUGCACAAAUUUUCUUUGAGUUUAAGCAUUUUAGAACAUUUUCAUGUAUACAUUUAUUUGAACACAAUUCUUUUGUGCAUCAUUUUUAUAUUCAUUCAUUUUUUUUUUUUAGUUAU